AUGGCAUCCAAUCCACCAGGGAAAUGCUGCACCAUUGGCGUCAAGCAUGAAGGCGACGCGAAGGGCCAGAUGAAGAACAUUGGCAACAGUGAGCAACUCCUCCUCUUCCCCCUCCUCAUCCUCCUCACCAACACAGCUGACAACUCUCCCUUUCCCAAGUCUCCACCUACUUCUCCUACCCCGAACACAAGGACACCUCAACCGCAAUCCUCAUCCUCACCGACGUCAUCGGCCAUGAAUUCAUCAACGCAAAACUCAUCGCCGACCAAUUCGCCGCCAAUGGCUACUACGUCGUGAUGCCCGACCUCUUCGAAGGCGACCCAAUCCCCCUCAACCGCCCCGAUGACUUCGAUAUCAUGAAGUGGCUCACCACUUCCGGUCCGUCCAAGGGCCACACCUUCCAGCAGGUCGAUCCCAUCGUGGAUGCUGUCAUUAAGGAUAUGAAGCAGAACCAGGGCGUCAAGAAGAUCGGUGCGGUCGGAUACUGUUUCGGGGCCAAGUACGUUGCGCGCUUCAUGACGGGCGGAAAGGGUGUGGAUGUGGGAUACAUGGCGCAUCCUAGCUUCGUCGAUGCGGAUGAGAUCAAGGCUUUGACCGGACCUUUGAGCAUUGCUGCGGCUGGUGAGUAUACAGCACAAGGACGAUCGUUGUGAGGAGCGUAUGCUGAGUGGGAUAUUGUGAUCAGAGACCGACCAGAUCUUCCCGGCCGAGAAGCGUCGGGAGACCGAAGACCUCCUCAAGGACAUGAAGAUCCCAUACCAGGUGUCCUUGUACUCCGACGUCGAGCAUGGUUUCGCCGUUCGCGCAGACAUGACCAAGCCAGCCGUCAAGUUUGCCAAGGAGGCCGCUUUCUUGCAGGCCGUUACGUGGUUCGACGAGUUCCUCAAGGGAAACAGGAGCUGGGCUGCGUAA